CCGCCGCCGGGAUGGACGACACCGUGGUGCUCCUCAGCGACUCGGACUCGGAGGGCGCCCGCUCGCCGCCGCUGCCGCCGCCCCGGCCGCGCCGCCCCAGCCGCUCCCUGCCCGCCCCCGCCGAGGUCAUCGAUCUGACCUGUGAGGACACAAGCACAGACCCGACGCGGCUGAGCGUGCCUGAGAAUAUCUUCUUCAUCAAUGCAACUGAGGACAUCCACGUCCUCCACUGCACCUGCAGUGCUGACCAGGACCCCAGGACUGCGCCUGCUGCCCCAGCAGCACACACGUCCCAUCCCCGGCUCUGCUUCACCCCAGAGGAAGAAAUGGAGGCAGAGCCAAGCCCUGCACCACCCUGGCACAGCACUCCCGUGAAGCCCAGUGCCACCACGGACACAGCAGAAAGCACGGAGAACAGGAGCUGCCACUCUCCUGCCUCCAGCUGCCACAGCUCCUGCAGCUCAGAGCAGGACUGCAGCGCUACCAGCUUUAACAGUGACCUGGGUUCCCUGACCAGCAUGCAGCUGGACUCAGACCUGCUGUCCCUGUCCCCCCCCAGCCUGGACAGCAACAGCAGCUGGAAAGCUGAUGGCCCAGAGGAAAAACCUCCCCCCCUCUGCCAGGAAAGAGACCUCCCCCCAAGGCUAAGCCCUGCCCCAGCACUUUCCAUAACCCCAGGGAAGGCCCAAGGGCCUUUGCUGGAAACAAAUGACUUACUACCACACGAACCAACCCAGCAAGUGACCCCAGCCAGGAGUGAUGCUGACAGCAAGGCCUGGCUGGACAAACUGCACAGUUUCAGGAGGAGUGGAGUCCAGCACCUCUUCUUCCAAGGCAUAGCACCCAACCAGGAAACACAGCAGCAGAAACCUGAGCUCAUCCCCAGAGGGAAGCUGAGCAUGGUGCGCACCACCAUGGAGGAGAACUUCCUGGAGGGCACCUUGCAUCUCCUGAAUGAGUUCGUCUCCUGCCAGCACUGUCCCCCCAAAGAUAUCAUCUCCCACCUGAUCAGACAGGUCCUGUUGAAUGCCCAUGAAGAGGAGAUCUUGAAGGACACCUACAUGCUGCUGAUGAAGAUCCAAAUGCUCCAUCCAGCCAACGCUGCCACAGUGGGAUGGGACUGGACGCUGCUGAAAUUCAUCAUGGAGGACCAGGUACUUGGCACUGUGUGUGUCACAUCAGGGCAGGGAUCAUCCAGGACACAGUGCCUGAGGGAGAAGCCCCCUGGCCGGCUCCUCUUCCUGCAGUACGUGGUGCAGACCCUGGAGGACGACUUGCAGAAGAAUCUGAGGUUGCACCUGCUGCAGAAGUCGAUUGCCAAGAAAGUGCUUUCAUGUGACGUGUGCUUCAACAAUGUCAAGGAAGUGGUCAAAUGGUUGGUUGCAGCAAUCACAGGAGUUGGGUUCUGUCAGCCCCAGGAGCAGCCGCAAGAAACUCCCUCGUCUUCAGCAGAAGCCAGGGCUGAACACAGCUCAUCUUCACCAAGUCUGGCCAGCACACAGGCUCCAGCAGCUUUCUUUGCCCAAAAGGUGAUGCUCCUGCUCCAGCGGAUGUUGUUCAUCGCAGUGGAAGUGGACAGAUCUCCCACCUGCAGCUCCCGUAGGAUUGCAGAUGAGAUAUUCCCGUUUAUUCUGAAUAUCCCCUUGAGGAGACAAAGGGAAACGUUAUUAAACACCAUGGAGAGCCAGCUCCUGCGCUGCAGACUGCUAGAGCUGUUGUUCCAGCACAGUUGUGAUGUGCCCUCAACCUCAUCCAUGUCUCUGGAGAAGAUCCUGUAUUUCCUGAGCCACUGCUCCGUGCAGUUGCAUUUCGAGGAUGAAACAGCAACAUGGCAAAGGUGGGAUGAGAUGCUGCAGUACUUGAGUUUGCUGCUGAUGAGUUACCAAAGUGUGAUACGGGAGCACCUGCGGAGCUCCCUCAGUGACCGCAUGGACUUGAUAGUUCAGAGAGCCAAGCCCAGGCUCCAGGAGAGUGACAACAUCACCAACCUGGACAUUCAGCUGAAGAUGGAGGACUUCAUCAGCCGAAUGCAGGAGGUCCUGGGGCAGCCUUUUCCUCCGCAAAUCCAGGAGAAAUUGUUCCUGCUGCAAGAGUUGUUCUUCAUUGUCGCUACUGCCUGAUGGAGACAACCACUGCAGUAAGGGGGACAAAGAACUUGAAGUUCCCGAUUAAAAAACCCUCCAAACCCCCAUCUCAUGCUGCAGUUUCAGUGUCAUGGGGGUUGGUUUACAGAGUUCUUUGGAAAAAUGGUUGGUUUACCAAUGGUAAAAAAUGGUCUCAGAAUUUCUGUUCAAAUUUGCAUCAUUCUACAGUUUUAUCAGGCACAUUGUACACUUUAAAAAAUAAAUUAUUUUUAUAUUUUAUAA